AAAAUGGCCUGAACAUGUUAGAGAGCUGGGCCAAAACUAACCCAAUUAAUGUCAACAAGAAUAUAUGUAGAGUAGUACACUUAGGCAGGAGAAAAAUGCCAUGCACAGGUACAGGAGGGGCAACACCUGACUUGACAAUCAUUCAUAUGAUGGGAUCUUGGAGUGUUAGAGGACUGCAAGUGGAACAUGAGCCAACAAUGUGAUGCAGCAGCUGAAAAGACAAUGGGAUUUUGGGCUCCAUCCCAAGGAAUAUUGUGUCUAGAUUCAGGGAAGUCAUGGCGACCUUCUUUCUGCUUUGGGGAGACCUCACCUGAAAUUACACUGUGUCCAGUUGUGGGCAUCACAAUAAAAGGGGGAACAUACCCUGAUUCCAUUUCUGAUUCUAUAUAUCAAUUAAGAAAUGGUUCUUACCUGUGACCAACCCGUCGUCUCUACAAAGCUUACCUUUGUGGCAUGGAGGCCUUCGCCCUUUCCCUUUCAAGCAACCAGCAGGAAUGUAAGUUUACUUUAAAUUAUUUCUUGUCAUCAUUUUUCUUGAUAUCUCUCACGUGAGGAGGGAAUCUUUUCUUCUUCCGCCAGGGCCCAGUCGCCUUUGAGGACGUGGCUGUGGAUUUCUCCCUGGAGGAGUGGGUUCUCCUGAAUCCGGACCAGAAAGCCUUGCACAAGCAGAUCAUGGAGGAGAUGAAUGGGAUUGUGGACUCUCUCGUAGAUAAUGGGGAGAAGAGCCAUGUAUGCACCAAGUACAGGAAGCAUUUGGGACACAACUGGGCCUUUCGUCGAGACCAGCAAGCCCACAGAGAAGAUGGAGGUUCUGCCAGAGAAAGGCCCGACAAAUGCAAUGUAUGUGGGCAGUGUUUUACCCAAAAUAUGGCACUUGUGCUUCACAAGACACCCGAUGCUGGGAAAAGCCAUCUUAAAGGGAAAGUAUCUGCAAAAUGUGUGGUGAAACACAAGAAAUUUCACACAGGUCAGGAACCAUACAGAUGCCAAGAGUGUGGGAAGUAUUUUGCUUCCAGUUCAGCCUUGUUGAGCCACAAAAGACUCCACACAGGAAAGAAGCCACACCAAUGCCAGGAGUGUGGGAAAUGUUUUGCUUUCAGUUCAGCCUUGGUGAGCCACAAAAGACUCCACACAGGAGAGAAGCCAUACAAAUGCCAGGAGUGUGGGAAAUGUUUUGCUUCCAGUUCAAACUUGGUGAAACACAAAAGACUCCACACGAGGGAGAAGCCAUACGAAUGCCAGGAGUGUGGGAAAUGUUUUACUACCAGUUCAGCCUUGGUGAGGCACAAAAGACUCCACACAGGAGAGAAGCCAUACCAAUGCCAGGAGUGUGGGAAAUGUUUUGCUUACAGUUCAGACUUGGUGAGCCACAAAAGACUCCACACGAGGGAGAAGCCAUACGAAUGCCAGGAGUGUGGGAAAUGUUUUGCUUCCAGUUCAAACUUGGUGAAACACAAAAGACUCCACACGAGGGAGAAGCCAUACGAAUGCCAGGAGUGUGGGAAAUGUUUUGCUUCCAGUUCAAACUUGGUGAAACACAAAAGACUCCACACGAGGGAGAAGCCAUACGAAUGCCAGGAGUGUGGGAAAUGUUUUGCUUCCAGUUCAAACUUGGUGAAACACAAAAGACUCCACACAGGAGAGAAGCCAUACCAAUGCCAGGAGUGUGGGAAAUGUUUUACUACCAGUACAGCCUUGGUGAGCCACAAAAGACUCCACACAGGAGAGAAGCCAUACCAAUGCCAGGAGUGUGGGAAAUGUUUUACUCAGAGUUCAGCCCUUAACCAGCACCAGAGAACACAUACAGGCUAAAAAACAGCCAUUGUGGGAAAAUGUCUGAUUUCAAACAGGACCCUUUGAGAAGUUCUGCGUCAGAUUUGGUGGAGUCCCGUUCUUGUCAUUUGAAUCCCUAAGUUGGAGGUCCUGUUCUCUGGAAUAGCAGAAAGCAAGCUCUGUUUGACAAUCCCUCAGAGCAGUGGUUCUCAACCUGUGGGUCCCCAGAUGUUUUGGCCUUCAACUUCCAUAAAGCCUAACAGCUGGUAAACUGGCUGGGAUUUCUGGGAGUUGUAGGCCAAAACACCCGGGGACCCACAGCUUGAGGACCACUGCUUCAGAGGGUUAAAUAUGAUUGUCAUGUCACCUCAUCUGAAAAGAAAUAAACCAUAUGUAAUUCCA